UUCCCCAAGUGGUCCUCAACACCAUCGUCUUUCACUGGUGAUGAUGCUCCGACCUUCUUACGCCGCUUGCAGGUUCGUUACCGCAACAACAUCGGACCGCAAAAUGCCGUCAACCCAGACCUUUGACUGAUCCCGCAUCAACCCUUUCAGCACGGGUCGCUUCUUACUUGGCGUCAUACCUUCCCAUUCGCCACCUGUGAAACUAUUCCGCUUAUGACUCUGCGCUGCACCGCCAAUUCACUUCCAAUAUGACGUCCCUAACCCCGCCUUCUUUCGUCGACGACGGCGAGGCAAUUGAACCGCGCAUGCCACGCGCUAGUCACUGGAACAUUUCGAAGUGGCUCGAGGGUACGCCUGCAAUUCCCACACCGUCUCUCACUUCGGGUUCGACAUACACGGGCAGCUUUGUGGACGACGGCGCAGACAUGCUGAUCCCGUCGAAGACUGCACCUGGUUUUGGUCUAGUGGAUCCGAAAUUCUACGUUGCAGGGAAGAAGCGGGAGACGAAGGAAGAGGAGAAGUGGAGUGAAGAUAUGCAGAGGGCGAUUGGCGGUGAUAUGCUGAGGAGCCUGGCGAAGAUGAGGCAGUUGACGCAUUUAAACGUUACGGACCCUGCUCUUGCGGCGGCGGAGAAGACGGAGAAGGUAAAGGCUCAGGAGGAGAAGAAGGCGGGGAAGGAAGACGACGACACGGUUGCUGUGAGGGUGCUUCAGACAUGGGGCACUUUCGUUAUCACAGGGAAAGACGGGCGCGUAGUCGUCGUUGACGAAGAGGGAGAGUACGAUUCUGGGCCGCCAGGACAGAAACUGCCCGAGUGCGGACGAAAGAGUGGGAGGCAUGAGAAGACGCAGGCGUCCCAGCCAAAAGGGGAGGAGAAGAGAGAGGAUGUUGCGCCUCUUCCGCCCAAGCCAGCGUCCAAAGCAAGCGCAGAUUCGUUGAAGGAAGAGAAGAGUCGUUCAAAGGAGAAGAUAUCUACUCAUUCGAGUAGGCACUCAAAGAGGAAAAGCUCUAAGCAGGUUCCCUCCUCACGGCCGCCCAAGUCUCUUACGCCUAUCCCGGAAGCCGAUACCCCGGAGCAAGAAGGAGCCGACCUGUCACCGACCAAGUUCUUCAUGACUGGAGGUGCAAGCGGAUGGUCUUCUCCUCUUCCCUCACCAGUGAAACAGCCCUCAUCAGCGGCGUCGCCGGUACGAUCGCUACCUGGUGCAUGGCCAUCUCCAUUGCCUUCACCGACAAAGCCUCUGUCAGUCGCAGGGUUCUCAAAUGCAUCACCUUCGUCAGCGUCUGCAAGCCGCUCGUUGGCAAUGUCCAAGGAUUCCUGGAAGGAGGAUAAAUCAUGGAAAGACCGAGGAGAGGGGGAACAGGCCCCAUCUCCGGUGAAGCAACCUUCCCUGGUCGCCUCCCCUGUACAAUCGACGGCAGCAUCUUCUGCCCGCUCGGCGUCGCACUCGGAAGACCCAUGGGGCGGAGCGCAGUCCUGGACCCAGGAUACGGAGAAAGUAUCAGUGAAGUCGUCACGUCGGUCGAAAGGGUCACGAGCUUCCCCCGCCGCUAGAUCGAAGGACGCCUGGACAGAAGACGGACCUUGGACACAAGAUCCACCUGUAGAGAACCUCUCAGUGCGGUCCUCCCACAGAUCAAAAGGGUCAAGAGUUUCUUCGGUAACUGACUCCAAAGACUCCUGGCAAGGAGACGGAUCAUCGAAACAGGACCUAGGCAACGCUUCCAUGCAAACAUGGGAAAAGCCAGCAGGAUCUAGCGUCGUUUCCAACGCCGACUCGAAAGACUCCUGGCAGCAAGACGCUCAGAACCGCCCGGUCCGCUCAACACGCAGGCCACAAGCUCCCUCAGCAGCAGGCCUCCAAGGUUCUUGGGGAAAGGGCUUGGAACGCCGGUCGACUCGCUCAAGCCACAAGAUAGCAACGUUCACCGUGGGUUCAGACGCCGGCUCGCAGGACUCCUGGCAGCAGGAUAAGAAGUCUACAUCCUGGAAGCACGAUUCUGAUAAUAGGUCCACCUUUUCUGCUCACUCGGUGUACAAGCCGCCGACGGUGGAAGAUGCCCCUGAGACGCCAGCGGAGGAGGUGCAGGAAUGGAUCAGUGGUUGGACUGUGACAGGGAGCCAACAGGGUAGCGACAAAGCGAAGAGCGAGACAACGCCGGGUGCAGGAUGGAGUGUGAAGGAAAGUGAAACGGGUAGUCAGAAGGGCACUCAGAGGGGAGGAAGCCAGGGCGGCUGGAGUGCCAGCUGGAAUGGGAGUGAGAAAGGAAGCGAUGGCAGUGGGAGUAAGAGGAAGGAUAAGAGCGGCUAUGAUGAGGAUAAUGAGACGUGGCUGAAUGCCAGUUGGAGUGGUAUUCGGGUGCGGGAAGCGGAAUGGAAGAAAGAUUGGAAGGACGUGUAGUUGGCGAGCGACGGAAGGGUGCAAUUUGGCGGAGAUUGAGAAUGGGAUGGUCUGCUAUGAUCAAAUGAAGCCAAUGGCUAGAGCACGGCGUCUGCUCGUGUGGGAAUGACGUCCAUAGGAUUGUAAGAGGCGAAUUGGAGAAGGGGCUCCAAGAUGAGCAUCCACACCCAAUUGUCAGCCAUUGCGCCCUCACAGCCUAAGAAUUCCUACAUAUAGACGGUCCAUAACGAAAC